AUGUUUUCAGCCUUUAGAAAGAAUGCCUUGAGCACCUACAACACUACUUCCAGCAUUAUCAGCAACGUCUUUCAACGUCAACCUGCUGCCAUCACACAAACUGUCCGUUUUGCAUCCAAUUUCUCACCAAAGCGUACCAAAUACCGUAAAGCACACAAGGGUAAGAUCCCAAUUCCCAUCGGUGGAUCUACCAAGGGAACCACAGUUGAAUUCGGUGAUUACGGUUUGCGAGUUAAGGAGGGAGCUCGUCUUACAGGUCGUCAAUUGACAGCUGUUCACAAUGCUCUCAAGCGUAAAAUCAAGCCUGUCAAGGGUUCACAAUUAUGGAUGCGUGUAUUCCCUGAUAUUCCUGUCUCCAGCAAAGGUAAUGAAGUUCGUAUGGGUAAGGGUAAGGGUACUUUUGAAUACUGGGCCUGUCGUGUUCCUUUGAACCGUAUCAUCUUUGAGAUCAGUGGUAUGAGAAAGGAAAUUGCCAAGGAAGCUUUCCGUUUAGCUUCUCAUAAGCUGCCCGUCAAGGUUGAAAUGGUUGAACGUGGUGCUAAACCUAUUGUUGGUGCUGGUUUCUCUCCCGCCAAGGCUACCAUUGUCAAAGAAGCAUCACCCUCAACACCACCAUCUACAACAGCACCAGCAACAGCAGCUUCUGGCCCUUCCGCCACUGCUUAA